UCCUUAGAUAUAGUUUCAUUUUUACCUGUGACAAUCGAGCUAUUAGUUUGAAACAAUAAGAUUUGGAAUGCUUUGAUUUUACAUGUAACUUGGGACUCGUUAACCCCUUACAUGGCAGAUAUGUGUUUUUUACGCAUUUCCGAUAGAUUAUGUGGAGGAUUUGUUUAAAGUCUGAAAAUAAGGGUUAUAUAUAACAUUGGUCCCAUGAUAUUAACCAUUUUCAAAACAAAUCACUGAAAGAGGGUUAACCACAUUUUAGUGAGAAUACCUUGCGAUAGGGGAGGUACGUGUUCCCAACCUGAUAAAGCUGAUUUUUCAAAAUACAUGAGGGUAUGAACUGUGACACUUCAUGCUGGCAUACUUCAUGAAAAACGUGCAGGCCUGAAGUGUAACAUUUCAUACCAAAAUGAAAAUUUAUUUUUUAUAUUUACUUCUUUCAUCAUUUCUCUCUGAAUUCCCAUCCAUCUGAUCAAACUAGAUGUACUUAUCUACUUAGUAUCAAGAUUUAUGCACAGAUCACUGGUCAUUCACAACUGCAGCACACUUGGGAGGAAAUGGUUAUUAUUACAAUUUGUAAAGAUAAAUGUAAAUAUGUUGUGUAUAACUUUCCAAACAUGGGUUACACUGUAUACACCUUUUUGGGGUUAUAUUGCUACCACAUAACUCAGCUAACACAUGGACUGUAUUGUAUGUAUAUAUUUCCCAAAUGUGGCAUAACUUCAAAACAUGGGUCAGCCUACAUAAAAGUCUAAACAAUUUUAUUUUUCAUCAUAAAUUUGAUUGUCAAACAAUAUUCCACUAUUAUAUUUCGUUGUUUGUAAAGUGUCAGAUCAAAAGAAUGUUCUAUAAUAUGACAAUCAUUCUAGAGGGUGGUUGGAAAGUCCUGUAAUUUUGGUGUUGGUCUGAUAAUAAUACAAAAGAAGCAGUCAGACAAUGUGUCCACUAAGCAAUUAUUUAAUCAUCAAAACAUCCAAGGAUGUAAAUAAUAGUAAUAACUUAAGUUCCUCAUUUUAGUAACGCUGUUAUAUAUCUCGGCAUCAUGAUGAGUUUGGUAAAGGUUAAUGAAGGCCCGAGGUGUACCGAAUGGAAUUUUGUUAUAAAGGUUAAUGAAGGUCCAAGGUGUAGCAAAUGGAAUUAUGUUGUAAAGGGAAUUUAAGAGACAGGGUCCAUUUUAGAAUGAUAUUUAAUCACUCUUUGAACUAUAUCGAAGGAACAAAAGGCCAAGAAAAUUAUUCAUUUGGACAAGAGAGAAAGAUUAACCAAAUCAGCAAAGCAGAAAAACAUCUGUGAAUAGUUUCAAUUCAUGGAUGAUGUUUUCGGUAGUGAUAGGCAGACAGUGCUGAUGUAGGAAGUAAAGCAUGAGCCUCACCAUUACCAUCAUCAUUACAUCCACGAAUAAAGCUUCACAUGCUGACGGCUUUAACAGCACCGUUCAUUAGUAGGAGGUCCGAGUCUCUGAUAGCAUGAGAAGACAGACCAUGGCCAUGGUGUUAUUCCAGUGAAGAAAAAAGAAUUUAGUUGUUCAGAAGUGGUAAGACAAGGUGUUGACCAAUGAGAGUAAGGAUGAAGAAGCUGAGAAACUUUGUGCUCACUGCAUUUGUUUCCAUCGCUGUUCUCUUCCUGUAUUCCAUGUGGAGCAAUCCCAUCGGACAAUCAAGUAAAUCAAAACUGGUUGCAAGGAAGGACUUUCUAAGGAAGAAAACUGGUAUUUACAGUCGCAAUGAUCAGCCUCUUGGAUCUCUUCUCAAGGAGAUGGGUGAGAAAGAUUUCGAGUACCUCAGGAAAGAGCGUUUGUACAAUCUACGGAAAAAAUGUGAAAAAGCGCAAGAAGCCAAACUCGUAAAGAAGAAUGUGCCUGCCAAAAAACUGGGUCACAUCAUUGUCAAUGACCAGUAUAAGGUGUUAUACUGCUACAUUCCUAAGGUGGCGUGCACCAACAUGAAGCGCGUCUUCUUGAUCCUCACAGGUAAGAUGAACAGCACAAAUCCGUUGGCUCUGAAAAGUGGGGAUGUUCACAUGAAAUUGGAUAAACAUCUGAAAUAUUUAGAUUCUUACCCAGAGGAAGAAGUGCCAGAGAUUCUUAGAACAUACAAAAAGUUGAUAUUUGUAAGGGAGCCGCUGGAAAGGUUAUUGUCUGCUUAUCGGAACAAAUUUACUGAAAAAAGUCCCUACUUUCAUAAGAGGUUUGGACGAAGAAUUAUACGCAGGUUUCGAAAUGGAUAUAAUGGAUCGCAAGAAAUUCUGGGUAAUGACGUCACCUUCCUGGAAUUUGUCAAAUACAUUACGCAUCCAAACACGAUAGAGAAUGAAGGCUAUAAUGAGCACUGGGCGCAUUAUUCUGCCCUCUGUCAUCCAUGUCAUGUCCAGUAUGACUUUGUGGGGAAAUACGAGACCAUCGACGAAGACGUCAACUUUGUCCUAAAAGAUUUGAAAAUUGACCAGUUGAUAGCAUUUCCAAGAAGAAAUGCUACGUACCAAAAAUCCAAGACCAAGGACCAGCUGGAGUCCUUCUACAGUACGAUUCCAAAAGAUCUCCUGGGGAAGUUAUGGAAGAUCUAUCAUACCGAUUAUCGUUUGUUUGACUAUCCUUACCCAGCGGUCCUGGAGAAAUUCUUGGCCCCUGAGGAAGAUGUUUAGUGACAGAGUAACAGUGAGAUUUCUUUUUGAUGUCCCUUACAACUGCCAAAGUUGCCAAAGUUGAAAAAUUCCCACCAUGUGUUUUGAUGAUGUUUUCACAUAUGACUGUGUGUGUAUUUUUUAGCCCUUUACUUUGAAAGUAACAAUUUUUUAUUCUUUAUCUGGUUUAUGUGUUGUUACGAAUGUGCUAGAUUUACUCAGAAAUCCACCAGAGCCUGACAGGUACAUGUGAUUGCAUUCUUUUUAUAUGAUAUAUAUGAAACAUUUUACGAAUCACUACAUUAAUACCAUUUAUGAUAUAUACAACUGUGUAUAGUCACUUGUGUCAUAAUUUUCAGAACAGGUGCAAUAAUCAGAAGGAAAAAAAAACUCACACAUUUGCCUAUAAUAUUGUAUGGUGCAGUUUUGAUGGUGUCUGAUUUAGAUAUACUGGGCAAAAUUAGAAUGAUGCACAUAUGUAACUUGUAAAAAUAGCCUCACUAGAAAUCCAUGCUUCAUGAAAAGUAUGCAAGCAGGAACCUUCAUGCUUCAUGUACCCUCAUACAUGUUCAAAAAUGAAUUUUAUUUCUUCUAUUUACAUUCUACUUUCUGUUAGAAUAUUCCUAGUCAUUAAAAUAGGUGUACUAUAUAUGUAUUUUUUAUGCCCCCCGCCCCCCCCCCCCCCCCCCCCCCCCCUGAGAUCAAAGAUCGGGGGGUGGGGGGGGGGUAUUGUUUUUGUCCUGUCUGUCAAUCUGUCUGAAACUUUAACCUUGCUAAUAACUUUUGAACAGUAAGUGCUAGAGCUUUGAUAUUUCACAUGAGUAUUCCUUGUGACAAGACCUUUUGACCCUUGACCUUGGCAUUUGACCUACUUUUUAAAAACAAAUUGACAUUGGUCAUUGCUUCUAAAUGGUAAACAUUAGAGCUUUCAUAUUGCACAUGAGUAUUUCUUGUGACAAGAACUUUCUACUGGUACCAAGAUAUUUGUCCUUCUGACCUUGGCAUUUGUGUUUCACAAACACAUCUUGAUUUUACAUCUGUAUCCAUACGGACAUUGUUUACAACUACAAGGCAUUCAUGAGGAAAUGUCUAUAGUUACAAUUAUACAAUUUGUAAAGAUGUCAAAGGCAAAAAUAUUGGAAAUGUUCAUAUAUGUAUAUCCAACUGAACAAAGAUCCAUAUACAUGUUUGAAAAUACAGAUGUUAAGGAGAUAUGCUACAUCAUCAUAAUGGCUGACUUCCUUGUAAAACAUGGAUUAAAAUAUAAAUAUAAGCAAUAAUAGUGUAUUCCUAUCUGAUUUAAAUGCUUAGCUUAGUAGCUCAGAAGGUUAGCGUGUCAACUGCUGAACUGUAAAUCAUGGGAUCGAGUCCAGCAGGAUUUGAAAAAAAAAUCAGAUUAUUUUCUACUAAAAGUGCAUUUUUUUAUUUAAAAAAAUAAAUAUUGAUAUACAUAUCUUCCAUGAGUAUUCCACAUUCAAUUUCUCUGGUGUAGCAUUCCUCUUUAAGACCUAAUUUGAUUCUCUAAAUAAUUCAGCCUGUUGAAUUUUUGCUGCCGUUUCAGGUCAAAGUGACUUGCUAAUUGUACACAGUCCUUUGCUCUUAUUUGUUGUAGGAUCAGAUUAAAUAACCACUUUGUUUUUGUAUUUCAUGUUCAAGUCCUGUGUGUAUUUACACAUUAAUCUAGUCUAACAGGUUGUCUUGUUGAUUUCAUGAAUAAGUAUAUUUCAGCUGAGAUUCUGAAAUCCUAGAAUUGUGGUAUUUUUGAUAUUAAAGGUAAUGUACCCUGUUAUACGUUAUUAUGUACUUGUAUACAGUAUUGUGAUUUCAAAAUCCAUUUUUUACAUACAUAUAUAUCUACACCUAAACCAUUUUUUUUCCCCAGUAUAUAAUAUAGAUCAUGGUCUUACAUAAGUUUGAUUUGUUAGGGGUCCUGCUAUAUGGUGGGUACCCUACAGUUACAGCUCUGUCUAUAAGAACUUUAUAUGUACAUGUAAUAACCCAAGUUUCCUUUGUAAGAUUUUCGGAAAUUUUAUUAUUUGAAGCAGAGGAAGGCCUUUUUUCAGUUUUCAGAUUUAUAGCAGGACCCUUUCUGACUUUAUAUCAAUUUUCUAGUUUUUACAAAUGAUUUUGGUAUAAUAAGAGAAAUCCAUAAAAUGGAUUCUUGAAGUUGUUUUAUUUCAGUGUUACCUGUACAUUUUAUGUAAGUAUGGAUCCUGAUUCCACUGCCAUAGUUUUCAAUGGUGAAAGGUUUUUGUGGUUGAAAUUGAAAUGAACAACAAUAUCUAUUUUUGUCUGUAGUAUUGUCUUGUAAAAUGAUUUUUGGCUAAAGUGCCACAUUGUUUUCCCAUGCUGAUCUUCGUCCGAGAUUUCGCUGUAUUUUUGGUGAGACUGAGUAGAAAGUAUGGUCCUGGACAACAAUCAGUAUAUAUACAUUUAUAUUUGUAUUUUUCCAUACACUGUACCUUGUUGCAAAUCCAUGAUUGUUCUCUCUAUGAUCAUUUGAUUCUUUUCUGUCUUUAAUCAUUCUUAGUUACCUUAAAUUUAAUUCUAUUUUUGCACUGAUUAAUAAACUGAGGAUAUAUACAAAAAUAUCA